AUGCCCCACUCUCUCUCGUCCCCUUCCGGCCCUGACCACUCGUCAAACGACCACCUCCAUCCUUCCCACCCCGCCUACGACGCCGACAACCCUUCCCCCGAUCUCAAUGCCCCCCAGCCCGCCCUCCCCAAGAAGAAACACGUCUGCCAGAUAUGCACGCGCGCCUUCACCACCUCUGGCCAUCUCUCCAGACACACCCGCAUCCACACCGGCGAACGCAACCACAAGUGCCCUUUUCCAGGCUGCGAGACACGGUGUUCCCGCCAGGACAACCUCCAGCAGCAUUACCGCAUCCACCUCUCGCCGGGCUCUCGCAGGAACUCCGGCACUGCUACACGCGCUGCCAUGAACCGUGCAAGUGCCUCUGACCGCCCGCGCUCGUCUCGCAGGCGCUCGAGGAACGAGUCCGCGGACCCUGGCUCGCCCGCCCCACCCACUCCCGUCCCCUCCCCACCGUUAGAGCCGCCUGCUCUCGCUCCGGCAUACCAAUCCUUGGCCGCGGCAACCGCUCCUCCGCAGUCGUCGCCCUCGGAUGCCCUAGAGCCGCCCGACACUCCCCCGCCGCUCGCACAGGCCUAUCCCACACUACCCCCGCCAACAGCGCCCGUCUAUUCACAACUCCCAAUCCAUGGGCGCGACGUCACUCGAUCAACAAGGUCCACGCCAGAAGCCUCCUAUCAC